GAUUCAUAUCUCUCCGAUCUCUCCCCAAAACCAAGACUCCAUGCUUUGAACCUCGUGUGAAGAAAUCAGCACAUGUAGUAGAGUAGUAGUGAUGUAUGUCAGUGGUAAGCUCCACUUUACAUGUGAGACGUGACCCCUAUCCUAAUGAAGCCAGUAACGAGUAGAAGAGAAGGGAGAGAAAUGAAUUAAAAGAAAAAAAGAAAAAAAGAAAAAAAGAAAAAAAGAAAAAAACAUUAUAAGAGAAGAAGCGCGGGGGAGCGAGCGAACCAGUCGGGGGAAUUCAGUUGCAGAAAUCAAGGAACUUAAAAGAUCUUUCUUAUCUACCGACGAACUGAAAACUCGCAGAGCCAAAGCAAAUCAAUCGAUCGAUCCACCGAAGAUGAAGGGGAAGAGCUUGAAUCCUCUCAUCACUUUCGAGCACAAGAGGGACGCUUAUGGAUUUGCUGUUAGGCCCCAGCACUUGCAGAGAUACAAAGAGUACGCUAAUAUCUACCAGGAGGAGGAAGAAGAGAGGUCGGAAAGAUGGAAGAACUUCUUGGAGAGGCAAGCAGAUUCUGCUCAACUUCCUGUAAAUGGCGUGUCUGAGGAGGGAGAGAGCACAAUAUCCCAUGCUGAAGGUACUGUGCUUGAAGCAGAGACUGUUUCAGAGGCGAGUACACAGGAGGAGGGUUCAGCUGAAAGCCGCGGAGUCUUUGUUUCUGGGGAUUCAACUGAAAAUGUUCCAGCCAAGGAAUUGUCUGCAACGAAGAAAAUAAAACACCAUAAGAUCCAAAUAUGGGCUGAGAUUAGAGCAUCCCUUGGUGCCAUUGAACAUAUGAUGAGUUUCCGUGUUGCGAAGAGGAAGAAUUUAUUGAAGACUGACCAAGAAAGUGGAAGUGGAAACCAUCUACCUCCAAUUGAAGAGGCAAGACCCUCAAAAGGUGCUUCCGAAGAAGACUCUGAUGAUGAGUUCUAUGAUUUGGAAAAAUCAGAUUCAGUUCAAGACAACUCUUCAACUGACAGUGCUUACUCCUAUGGGCCAGUGAAUUCUGCUAGCGAGGAAGCCUCUACAGAUAAUUUCUUCCCUUGGAAAGAAGAGCUGGAGUGCCUUGUCCGUGGUGGCGUUCCGAUGGCUCUCAGGGGAGAGCUUUGGCAAGCAUUUGUGGGUGUGAGGGUGCGCCGUGUGGAGAAAUAUUACCAGAAUCUGCUGGAUCCAGAAGUUAAUGCUGCUACUGGCAAGAAUUUUGGUAGUUCACGUUCUGAUGACACCAAUAAGGGGUCAAAUAACAAUCACAAUUGUGCUCCGGAGAAAUGGAAAGGGCAGAUUGAGAAGGAUUUGCCUAGAACAUUCCCAGGUCAUCCUGCUCUGGAUGAAGAUGGUAGAAAUGCUUUGAGACGCUUACUUACGGCAUAUGCUCGGCACAACCCUUCUGUUGGAUACUGCCAGGCCAUGAAUUUCUUUGCUGGACUAUUAUUACUUCUGAUGCCUGAGGAAAAUGCUUUUUGGACCUUGGUGGGUAUUAUUGAUGACUACUUUGAUGGCUAUUAUUCAGAAGAGAUGAUAGAAUCUCAGGUGGACCAACUUGUUUUUGAGGAAUUAGUACGCGAGAGAUUUCCAAAACUGGGUUUGUAUUUCACUAUAAUCUUUUCAUUUUCCAUCAUGUGUGACUUGUGGAGUGGUUUCUUAUUUUAUUAUGCUUAUGGUGCAGUCAAUCAUCUUGAUUACCUCGGAGUGCAGGUUGCAUGGGUUACUGGACCCUGGUUCCUUUCAAUUUUUGUGAAUAUGCUUCCCUGGGAAAGUGUUCUUCGGGUAUGGGAUGUGCUUCUGUUCGAAGGAAAUCGCGUUAUGCUAUUUCGGACAGCACUUGCUUUAAUGGACUUAUAUGGUCCUGCAUUGGUUACAACAAAGGAUGCUGGAGAUGCUGUCACCUUGUUGCAGUCCCUUGCUGGCUCAACAUUUGACAGUAGUCAGCUUGUCUUGACUGCUUGCAUGGGCUAUCAAAUUGUAAAUGAAGCUAAAUUACAAGAAUUGAGAGAAAAACAUCGACCGGAAGUAAUAGCUGCCAUUGAGGAAAGAUCAAAAGGGCUUCGUGCUUGGAGGGAUUCACAGGGUCUAGCAUCCAAGCUUUAUAGUUUCAAGCAUGAUCCUGGAUUGGCAGAAGGGUUGGGUGAUCUGCAGACCAACGGGGAAGUAACUCUACUGGAGCCUGGAUCUGUCAAUGUAACAGAGGAUGCCAAUGCUGAUUCUCUUCCAGAUCUUCAAGAUGAGGUCAUAUGGUUGAAGGUCGAACUAUGCAGGUUGCUAGAGGAGAAAAGAUCUGCUAUCCUCCGAGCUGAAGAGCUGGAAACCGCACUCAUGGAGAUGGUCAAGCAGGAUAAUCGUCGGCAAUUGAGUGCAAGGGUGGAGCAGCUGGAGCAAGAGGUAGCAGAGCUACGGCAGGCCUUAUCAGAUAAACAGGAACAAGAGCGUGCCAUGCUUCAGGUCCUAAUGCGGGUGGAGCAAGAGCAAAAGGUAACAGAGGAUGCUCGUAGAUUAGCGGAACGAGAUGCAGCUGCUCAGAGAUAUGCUACCAACGUGCUUCAGGAAAAAUAUGAAGAAGCUAUGGCUUCACUUGCACAAAUGGAAAAGAGGGCUGUUAUGGCUGAAACCAUGCUGGAGGCGACCUUGCAAUAUCAAUCUGGCCAAGCUAAAGCACAACCUUCUCCACGUUCUGUGCAUUCAGAUUCUUCACCAGUACGUAUUAAUCAGGAGACCACACAGGACUUGCCCCCGAGAAAAAUCAGUUUGCUUUCAAGGCCAUUUGGUCUUGGUUGGCGUGACAAGAACAAGGGGAAACCAAAUACUGCUGAUGAGCCCAGUGAAAACUCCAACGAUCAAGUGCACAGCUCAUUGCAGAAAGAGAUGAAUGGCCAUCAAGAAGAGGAAAAAAUAGCAGAGAAUUAAUGGAGCAUUCUGAAUUCUGUAUGAAUGCCCCCCAGAAGAGAUAUGCUUAUGUCAGUGAUUGUACAAGAAAAAUCAUUUUUCCCGUGAGCCUACCUGUAUAAAGGGUGCUGCUGCUGUUUUGGGCAUGGAAGGUAUUAAUUUAUUCUGUAUCAAUGUCAAGUUGAAAAUCUGCAUAGAUAUAGUCUUGUUUGUAAUUCAUUAGACAAAAUCAAUAUAAAGAACAUGGCCGUUCAUUAUUAUUUGUUGUUAAGUAGUUAAUAAUACUAGGUGAGGAAAUGAAGAAACAUGAAAUUUAUC